UUCCUUCUGGGGCGGGGGAGGAAGGGAAAGGAAGAGGAGACGCCCUUUUCCUUGUGACUCAGUUUGCAGAUUUGUCACCGAAGGGCCAACAUGGACUCCUGUGUCCUCCUGGCGUUCCUGCUGUUCUGCUGGGCAGAAGCAGCCUCCGCACCUGACCCCCCCUUGAAGUCGGUUCGUGUGGGGGGUGCUGUCACGUUGCCCGUGACCAUUCCCAAGGGCCAGAGUGUCAACAACCUCCUCCUGAGGGACUCCUCCAGGGAAAUAGCCAUCGCCAUCUGGAUGGAUUCCAAAGACAUCAGUGUUCUAAACAUCAAUUACGCUAACCGGGUGGCCUUCCAGAAAGACGAGAUGGCCUUCAGAAUUGCCAACCUCAGCCUGGACGACGGGGGCACCUACGAAAUCUCCACCAGCUUCACCUCCCCCUCCCCAAAAGUGCUCAGCAGCUUCCUGGUGGCCAUAUUCAACAUCACGGAGAGGAUCUCCUCCUUGGAGAAUGAUUCCUGCUACAUUUAUCUGCAGUGUGAAGCAGGGAUGGGGUCCAGCCACAGGGUGACCUACGCCUGGAAGGACACAGAGGCCGGCACCACCCUGAGCAAGGAGGCCUGGCUCACUCAGCUUGUGCCCACCAACCAGAAAAGGGCCUACACCUGCACGGCCCAGUCCCCCACUGCCCAGAGCACCUUCAGCUUCGUCCUCCAGCAUUCUUGCAUUCCCAACACCGCAAGUCCAGGUAAAAGGACCCUGGUCGCUGGGCUCUCUCCUGGUCAGAGGACUCCUGGUGACUGCUACUCUGCUGCUGCUGCUGUGACCCAAGAAGAUCCUGCUUUUCCCGCUCCCCCAAGAUACUUAAAUGGGGCAAGCAAAGGGCCUGAUGAAAGCUUAUCAUGGCACCAGCCCUUCCAGGUAGACCAAAUCAAGCAACCCUCCAGAACUCUUUAUUUCCUUGAGACCAGUCAGAAUAAGAACAUUUUUAUCAUUGCUUCUUAUAUCCCAGGGAAUCAGCUUCAGCCCCCUUUGUUUAUUUCAUGGGUUUCGACACCCCACGAGGCAUCUCCACACCAGCCCACACCAGCCUCUCCCGGGCUCCCACGUGCUGGCACAGGGGGUCCCUGUAGUGCCAGUUCUUAAGGCUGGAGGAGCAACCUGUCCGGCAGGUGGCGAUCAGGGGCUGUCAUGAUUGAAAAGCAGCUUUCCUCCCUGUUUCCCAGGCAUUUUUGUUUGUGUUGAAGGGCUUCCGGACGGGGCCAUUUGCCUGCUGUUACCCAUUAAAAGACGCCAUGAAACCUU